UGAUAAGAGCGAGACUUUCUCAGUUAUCUGUGAUUCAAAUGUCACAUUGUGUUUUGAAUGUGCAAUGUUUGGAGAUCAAUGGAAAUAAGAUGUAUUAGCGAGGAAUAACAAGUUUAAGGAGAUUAUAAGUCGGUAAAACUACAAUACCACUUGUAUACGACUGUGACCAUCAAAGUCUCAACACAAAUCAUCUCAGCAACCGCCAACACCAGAGACGAUUUACCUCAUAAAUUAAUUAUGAGUCUACCUCAUAAAGCAAAUUCCCACAAAUGAGAUCACUUCCAUCUACUUCAAUACAAACAUUCGUGUUCCUCGUCACUCUGUGCAUCCUUCAGCUUACUACUUUUAGAGUUUUCCAACCGAAGAAAUGCGAAUGUGAUGUAAAUACACCACUAGCUCCAGUUGAAAAUGUUCCUGAUUGGGAGAAGACUUUGAACUUUACCGGUUUCAACAACGAGACAGGAACUCCCGAUGGACAUUAUAUUAUUCCCAAUUAUGUCCACUUCGUCAAGUUCCGCUACGACUCGUUCAACUUCAUACACUUCAUCUGUGUGUUGGCCGCCUUCAAGCACCAGAGGCCGGAGAAGCUGUUCAUCCACACGGAUGUGGAGGAGUUCCGCGGGAAAUAUUGGCAGAUACUCCUGCAGACUCCGGGCUUCAGAGAGGUGCUGAUAUUGAACCGCAUUCAGCUGCGCCAGGAAGUGUUCGGCCAGCCUCUCAACCCGGAGUGGAGGCUGUACCAUGGCGGAGACGUGGCGCGGCUGGAGAUAAUGAGAAAAUAUGGCGGCAUUUACGUAGACAACGACUCCUACCUGAUUCGUAGCCUGGACGACCUGAGGAGGUACGAGAUGGUAGUGGCCUGGAGACCUGGCAAGGCGAUGAUGAACCAAGUGGUUUUGGCUCACAAGGAUGCAAGACUUUUAAGGGAAUGGCACGAGGGAUACCGGGACUACAAGCCGGAGCACUGGUACUACAACGCGGGUAGACAGCCAGCCAACGUCCUUCUGGAGAAGCCCUACCUGGCACACUCUCUCCGCGACCUCCUCGGCACCUACGACAUCCGGAAGAAGAUCUACACCACCAAGUGGGACUCCUGGAAGACCUACUACUCCUGUCACCUGAUGUCACGAUGGAUGGAGAACUUCCGAGGAGUCCGCUACCCAAACCCCAUCACAGAGAAAGAUGUCCUCCGGUACGACAACACGUUGCAGGAGAUGGUACAAGAUGUGUACGAUGUACGGGGAGUGAAACAAGUGUGAUUGGUCCCGGAGUCUCAAGUUUUUAAAAGAAGAGUGUUUGAGUUUCAAGUUAACAAUGAUGGUUUGUGUUGAAAUGUUAAACGCAUCAUUUUUCAGCUUUGACUGAAUAUUGGGUUUGAUUUGGCAGUAGUUUGUUGGUCGGACUAAAAUAGAAAGGAGAGUCCGUUGAAUCUGUGGCUCUGAGGAGAAGGUUUUUAGGCCGCAGUGAGUAUAACUGUAGACAGUGAAUGAACGUUGAUACUCAUAAAUAGGACUUCUGGGUGUAAAUUAAGAUUGUAUUUCAGAGCUUACCAGAACUGUAAAGAUUUUUGAUAUGAGGUUAAUGAUUGAGUUUUGAAGGACAGUUAAUACUACCCUUUGAUGUAGUCAUUUUUUCUUAUGGUCAUUAAAGUAUUUUUUUUUUACCUUGUAAAACGUUAUCAUUUUCUGAUUUAGCUGCAAUCUGAA